UCAAUUAAGUUAAUCUUAGUCUUAAACAACCCAUCAGAUGCCAACCAGCAAAUGUGUUAAGUAAAACUAGUUCUCUAUUUUAAAUUAACAAAAAGCAUUACGCAAUUUAUUUUAUAUCGUAGGAAAAACACAUGAAUAAGUGAUAUUUUAUAUGGAAUUUCCAGCGUUUAAUUUCUAAUCAAGGUGAUACAGCGAAUAGGUCUUUUAAAGCUUCUGUGUAUGAAUUUAAAAACAUACGGACAUAUUUUACAAUUGCAAAAAAAUGUUUGACAAAAUUAUAUAUUGGGCACGAGUGUUUUGCUGUUUUAGUAACUGUUUGUUUGCUGCGCAUCGAAUGUUUGUUUGCGUGAUAUGGCUAACUUUGGUUGAAAUUAUUCGUUGCCAUGGUAACACUGAAGUGACGGAACGCUUCCAAUGUGGCCGCCAUAACUUUUGUGAACGGCGAGGAUAUGACACGUGCAUCGGCCCACCACUUGUUACGUCGAUUGACGACUCCUACUGUUACCCGUGCAGAAGGCUCAAACACACGUGCGGAAAAACGGAUCAACAAGAUGGAUGUGAUAUAUACUGCAAUGAACUACUGCAGCAGAAUAGUUCAAUGAUUCCGGUGCAAAAUACUGAACAAGAUGGAUCUUCAACCAUUGUGAUAGUCGUUGCCAUAUUAGCAUCGGUAGUUGUCACAACACUUCUAGUCAUCUCCGUUUGCAUGUUAGUGAGGGUGUCACGGCGUCGAGAUCAUAAGCGUAGAAAUCCAGAACCGGUUGUGAAGUACAACCCCAACCGUAACCAUGACAUCGUCGAAAACGAAACCGACGAGACUAUGCCGCUAAAAGUAGGAGGGAGCACAAGCGACUGUUCGGGAAAUACCGUGAACAUUUCCCAAACAGCACCGGACGACACGAGCGAGCAUUCGGCAAAUUCCGUGAACAUUCGCCUAACACCGGACGAGACGAGCGAAUGUUCGGCAAAUUCAAUGAACAUUGCCCAACCGAUCCAAGACCCACAGCCACCGAGACGAAACGUCGUAUACGCCCUGAAUAACUCUAAUAAAGAUGAACAUCAUGUCAGGAAAGAAAACUAGUAACAGAUGCCUAUAGUGACAAUCAUAGCUGGGGAUGCAUGGAACUUGUGCCUAUGCUUUAAUAGCUCAUACAGUUGAAUGCUGCAUAAUUAUGCUUAACUUUUGGUUGUGAUCGACUUAUGCUUAGCUUUGAGAAAUAUUUAUCGUGUGCCAAUGCUUUACCUACCGUUAUCAACUUAUGCUGAACAUAUGCUUACGCUGAACGUAUGCUUACACUUAACUUAAGCUGCAUGUAUGCUUAUGAUUAACUUAUGGUUUCGCUUACGUUAUGCUUAACUUGUGGCUAUGCUUUACUGCGUUUAUACUCAUUACUUAAUUUAUGGUUUACCUAUCAUUAUGCUUAGGUAUUUUGUAUGCUAUUUUAAGCAUAAUGAUAAGUUAAGCAAUUUGAUUAACUUGUGUAUAUGACUUAUCAGCCCAUGCUUAUGCAGCAUGUUUAAUUAAUGAUUAACUUCUACUUUUUUUUUUUAUAUGGUUCAAGAAACCAGAAUUAUUAUGAAUUUCAUGUUAGAUGUAAUGAUUAUGUAAUAAAAGGGUGUUGGGUAACAUG